GGAAAAUCCGUGUUCCCCUCCAUCCUCGAGAUUCCCACUGUCAUUACAAGGAUUUUGACCGUUUGGCCUGUCCUGCCCCACGACGACGGUAACGAGCUCCUCAGCGACCACGAUGGAAAACGCUCUGCCAUCGUCUUCGGUGUCCUCCACUCUUGAGCCCGUGCUCGCCCUUCUCGCAUACUCCCUCACCAAACUCGAAACAGGCUUCUACCAGAUUCCUGGCUCGGCCGUCGUCGCCCGCUAUGUCAAGUCUUCCCACCAGAACGACCCCGGGCGCACCAUCCUCGAGGUCAUUCUCAUCAUCUUCGCCAUACGUACCCUUCUGCAGUCGCGCACGCGCUCUGACCGCGGUGGCAAACACUACAUCCAAUUUGGUGAUAAGGAAGUAGACGAGCUUGUCGAUGAAUGGACGCCCGAGCCCCUCGCACAACCCCUCACCGAGUGGGAGCAGAAGGAGCUCGCCAGCAUCCCUGUUAUCGCUGGUCCCAACGGCCCCAAGCCCAAGCUUGUUUCAACCGGCAAGACCGUCACUAACCUGGCCAGCUACAACUUCACCGGUCUCGCGGGCAACGAACACAUCAAGGAGCGCGCUGUCGACACGCUGCGCAAGUACGGCUUGGGCAGCUGCGGACCGCCCGGUUUUUACGGUACCAUUGACGUGCAUAUGGACCUGGAGAAAGACAUCGCCGAGUUCCUGGGCGCCGAGGCCGCCAUCCUCUACUCGCAGGGCUACUCAACCGUCUCCUCCGUCAUCCCCGCCUUCUGCAAGCGUGGUGACAUCAUCGUCGCCGACCGCGGCGUCAACUAUGCUAUCCAGAAGGGCAUCCAGCUCUCGCGCUCGACUGUCCGCUGGUUCGACCACAAUGACCUUCGCUCGCUCGAGGACGCACUCCAGGCUGUCGAGCGCGACCGCAAGAAGCGCAAGGGUCCAUUGACGCGUCGGUUCAUUAUCACUGAGGGUAUUUUCGAGAGGGAUGGCGAAAUGGUGGACCUGCCUAAGAUUAUUGAGCUGAAGAACAAGUACAAAUACCGCCUUAUUCUUGACGAGAGUAUUUCCUUCGGUACUGUUGGUCGCACUGGUCGUGGUUUAACCGAACUCUACAACGUCCCGGCCUCUCAAAUCGACAUGCUUGUUGGUUCUGUCGCAAACGGUCUCUGCUCCUCGGGUGGCUUCUGCGCAGGCUCUACCAUCGUUGUCGAACAUCAGCGCAUUAAUGGCACGUCCUUCGUUUUCUCCGCCUCGAUGCCCGCUCUACUCGCAGUGUCCGGUUCGGAAGCCAUUACUUACCUCCGGAACACUCCCUCGACGCUCUCCGCCCUCCAAGAGAACAUUCGCGCCCUCCGUGCCGUGCUUGAGAAGACCGAAGGCAUCGCCAUCCUCGGGCACCGCGCCUCGCCUAUCGUGCACUUCUCGCUGCGCUCUGUCGCACCGGCUUCGUUGUCUCCCGCGAGUGCAGCCACGCCCGCGGGCAAGGAGAGCUUUGAUGUAGACGGGGAGGAGCGGAUCUUGCAGGAGAUCGUGGAGGAUGCGCUCGCGAACGGGGUCAUGCUCACGAGGGCCAAGUACCUUCGCAAGCAGGAGAUGUUUGAGCCGCGCCCGACGAUUCGGAUCGCCAUGACGAGUGCACUUACGCGCAAGGAGGUUGAGAAGGCCGCUGGCGUUGUCAAGGCGAGCAUUGCGCGUGUGCUGAGCCGGCGGCGGUAGGUGCUUUGGACCUUGUCACUAUUUGCUUUCAUAGACUCGAUGCUUAGGAGGAUGUGUGGAUUAUACCGUAUCUAACUCAUAGAGGACUCUUGCUAAUGGUAUAACUUCAACGGACUCGUUUACCGCUACAGCCGCGUAUUUUAGGGGGUAAAUCUCCAUAAAUGAACAUUCGCCCCUCCAAGUUAAUUAACCUCCAC